AUGAACGGGACGAGUCUCUUCUCCCAGUCCUACUCCGAUGCCCAGGCCCCCUUCGAUGCUGGUGACAUCACGGCCACCCAGCUCGGGAGUCAGGUGGAUUUCUCCUUUCUGGACUUCAACACCCAGGAGGCUGGAGCGGGGUAUCCAGACCCUGUUCCUUUCAGCCAGGUGCCGGAUGCGAGCGUGGGCAUCGUGUCGGCCCCUUCCUCGCAGGGGGGGGGCCUGGGCCUGGACGGGCCCCUCUCCGAGACGGGCCUCAGCCAGCUCAGCCUGCAGGACGCCUUUGAUGGCUUCACGGACGGCGCCCCAGAGGCCGUCAUGAAGGCGCCCGAGUGGGCCUGCGCGUACUGUGGCAUCCACAACCCCGAGUCCGUGGUCAAAUGCCUGACCACGGGCAAGUGGUUCUGCAACGGCCGCGUCACGGGGACGGCCUCGUGCAUCGUCACCCACCUGGUGCGCGCCAAGUGCAAGGAGGUUUCGCUGCACAAAGACUCCCCCCUUGGCGAGACAGUGCUGGAGUGCUACGCCUCGGGGUCGCGCAACGUCUUCGCCCUCGGCUUCGUGCCCCUGGCCGGCGAGCACACGGUGGUGCUGCUGGCGCGGGACACGCCACCCUCGUCCCCGGCCAUCAAGGACCUGGACCUGGACCUGUCGGCCUGGUCGCCGCUGAUCGAGGACCGCGCGUUUGUCGGCUGGCUGGUGCGGCCGCCGGAGGCGGGGGAGAUCGCUCGCGCACGCCACGUCUCCGGCGCCGCCGUGGCCGCGCUGGAGGAGGCCUGGCGCCGCGACCCGACCAAGGGCCUGGAUGACCUGGCGCCGCCCCGCGCCGAGGACGAGCCCUGCCCCGUUGCGCUGCGUGUCAAAGUUUUCCACUACGACAAGGCGGCCAAGGAGUCGCUGGCACGGGAGGACGUGUCGGUGCAGUGGAGUGUGGGCCUGAACCGGCGCGUGGUGGCGCGCUUCUUCUUUCCCCGCGACUCGGGCGACAUGCGGCUGGUGGUGGGCGACGAGCUGCUGCUGCGCCACCCGCUGCCGCGUCUGGGCGCGGCGCCCUGGCAGGGCAUGGGCCUGGUCACACGCCUGGGUGAUGCGGGGGAGGAGAUCGUGGUGGAGCUCCGCGCGCGCGAGAAGGGCCAGGGCCCGCCCCCCACCGACGUGACCGUGGGCUUCCGCGUCGAGUUUGUGUGGAAGGGCGCCACCUUUGAGCGCAUGCAGCGCGCCAUGAAGGCCUUUGCAGUGGACGAGACCAGCGUCUCCGGCUACCUGUACCACAAGAUCCUGGGGCACGUCGUGGAGGAGACGGCGCUCAAGGUGAAGCUGCCGAAGCGCCUGUCGGCGCCGGGCCUGCCAGAGCUCAACGCAUCCCAGGCGGACGCCGUGUCGCGUGUCCUGCGCAGCCCCCUGUCCCUAAUCCAGGGCCCACCGGGCACGGGCAAGACCGUGACCUCCGCCUCCAUCGUCUACGCGCUGGCGCGGCAGGGCGCCGGCGCGGGGCAGGUGCUGGUCACUGCGCCCUCCAACAUCGCAGUGGACCACCUGGCAGAGCGCGCCGCCGUCACGGGGCUCAAGGUGGUGCGGCUGCAGGCGCGCUCGCGCGAGGCCGUGGCCUCCAACGUCGAGCACCUGACGCUGCACCAGCAGGUGAGGGCGCUGGCGGCCGCCGAGUCGCCAGAGCUUUACAAGCUGCAGCAGCUCAAGGACGAGCUGGGCGAGCUGUCCGCACAAGACGAGCGCAAGCACCGGACGCUGCUGAGGGCGCUGGAGCGGGAGGUGCUGCAGGCCGCAGACGUCGUGUGCGCGACCUGCGUGGGCGCCGGCGACCCGCGCCUGGCCCACUUCCGCUUCAGGCGGGUGCUCAUCGACGAGGCCACGCAGGCGGUGGAGCCAGAGUCCCUCAUCCCCCUGGUCAUGGGAGCCAAGCAGCUGGUGCUGGUGGGGGACCACUGCCAGCUGGGUCCGGUGACCCUGGCCAAGCCCGCCGCCCGGGCGGGGCUGGCCCAGAGCCUGUUCGAGCGGCUGAUGCUGCUGGGCGUGAAGCCCAUCCGCCUGGCGGUGCAGUACCGCAUGCACCCCGCGCUGUCGCGCUUCCCCUCCGACACCUUUUACGAGGGCGCGCUGCAGAACGGCGUGUCGGCCGCGCAGCGCGAGCUGCCGGCCGAGACCUUCCCCUGGCCCACCGACAAGCCCAUGAUGUUCCAUGUCCAGCUGGGCGCGGAGGAGAUCAGCGCAAGCGGGACGUCGUACCUCAACCGGGCGGAGGCGGCGGCUGUAGAGAAGCUGGUCACGCACCUGCUGCGCGUGGGCGUGGCGCCCUCCCAGAUCGGCAUCAUCACGCCCUAUGAGGGCCAGCGCGCGCACGUGCUGGCCACGCUGGCCCGGGCCGGGCCGCUGCGCGCCGAGCAGUACGCGGCGGUGGAGUGCGCCAGCGUGGACGCCUUCCAGGGGCGGGAGAAGGACUUUGUGGUGCUGUCCUGCGUCCGCUCCAACGCGCACCAGGGCAUCGGCUUCCUGUCCGACCCGCGGCGCCUGAAUGUGGCGCUGACGCGUGCGCGGUAUGGCCUCUUCGUGCUCGGGAACCCCCAGGUCCUGGCAAAGCAGAUGAUCUGGGGCGCGCUGCUGCACCACUUCAAGGACAAUGGGUGCCUCGUGGAAGGCCCCUUGACGGUGCUGAAGCAGAGCCUGGUGGCCCUGCCGCGUAAGCGCACUUUCUUCGACGCCAGCUCGUUCGGGCUGGGAGGCGCGCACAGCAACCGCUUCCGGCCCGUGGAGCAUGCGGGGGAGAGGCACGAGCCCCCCGCUCCCCCACCUGCGCAUGGGGAGGGUCCAGCACGGGGCGGGCGUUCCAAGGGCCUGGAGCCAUCUGAUGCCGCAGAAUAUGACAGGAGCGCGCUCGUGGGGGCUUCGGGGCCCUAUGCCAUCCCUGGCAGCGAUUUGCCCCUGGGCUCCGCCGAGGACCCCCUGCAACCUCAGGGGCUGGGACAGCGCGGCGCACCAGGCUUGGGGCAAGACAGCCUGCUCUUCCCGUGGACCACCUGA